UCUUUAUAUCGUCAUAACCCAUUCAUGUUUAACAUUUUAAACACACAAACAGUCAGAAUAAAGUGUUUUCAUCAGCAGCAGUUGUGAAGUGCUGUGUGAUGUUUGUGACAUUUAAAAAAAAAAAAAAAAAAAAAAAGCUUAGCGUGACCUUUUAUAUCACAGAUCCUUUGAACUCUUCCCACAGCAAAUAAAAGAGGGGGUGCGGGUCAAAACGCAGAGCCAAGGAGCCCAACUGAGCAGACUCUGCUGCACAACUCGAGCUGGCAGUGCAUUUUUUGUGUCGGUGAUGUCAGGAAAGAUGUGCAGCGGCAGCAACAGCAUCAUUCAGGCCCAAAAGCUGGUGGAUCAACUCCAAAUUGAAGCAGGCAUGGAGAGAUUCAAGAUCUCCCUCACGGCGGCGGAUUUAGUCCAGUACUGUCAGGAGCACAGACGCAGCGAUCCUCUGCUCACCGGCAUAUCUGCCUCGUCCAACCCUUUCAAAGACAAGAAGACCUGUGUGCUGCUCUGAGAUCCCCACCAGACGGCCACCCCGACCGGAUUAGUUUAGAAAUUGACAUUUUCCCUGUUGUGUGCUCACUGCCUCAUCUGUGAACAGUAGAUGCGAUUCCCGAUGCUGAAUUUUCACGGCUCUUAAUGGAUCAGCUAAAGUUUCACACAGGACUUGGAAACAUGCAUAAGAGCAGAAG